UUACUGGGGCUUGGCUCCCGUGAGCCAAGUGAAAGUGGGGACCGUGCCAAAGCUCCAGUUGUUAACCGAUACAACAGAAGAGUAUCAGUUUGUGCUGAAGCUUUCAAUCCAGAUGAAGAGGAAGAAGAUACAGAACAAAGGGUAGUUCAUCCAAAAACUGAUGAACAGCGAUGUAGACUGCAGGAAGCCUGUAGAGAUAUCCUGCUCUUCAAAAACCUAGAUCAGGAGCAGCUGUCUCAGGUCCUUGAUGCCAUGUUUGAGAGGAAGGUGAAACCUCAGGAGCAUGUGAUUGACCAAGGAGAUGAUGGGGACAACUUCUAUGUGGUUGAGCGGGGACUGUAUGAUAUUCUUGUAGCAAAAGACAACCAGUCACGCUGCGUGGGCCGCUAUGAGAAUCACGGCAGUUUUGGGGAACUGGCGUUGAUGUACAACACUCCUAGAGCUGCCACCAUUGUUGCCACAACAGAAGGAGCCCUCUGGGGACUGGAUCGAGUGACAUUCAGAAGAAUUAUAUUGAAAAACAAUGCAAAGAAGAGGAAGACAUAUGAAUCAUUUAUUGAAUCUGUGCCCCUUCUUAAAUCCUUGGAGGCAUCAGAGCGAAUGAAGAUAGUGGAUGUUAUAGGGGAGAAAGUAUAUCAAGAUGGGGAGCGUAUAAUUUCUCAGGGUGAUAAAGCAGAUUGUUUCUACAUUGUAGAAUCUGGUGAAGUAAAAAUCUUGAUUAAAAGCAAGACUAUGACAAGUAAAGACGCCAACCAGGAGGUGGAGAUUGCCCGGUGCCACAAAGGGCAGUAUUUUGGAGAGCUUGCACUCGUUACCAACAAACCCAGAGCAGCCUCUGCCUACGCUGUCGGGGAGGUCAAGUGUUUAGUCAUGGAUGUGCAAGCAUUUGAGAGGUUGCUCGGACCCUGCAUGGACAUUAUGAAGAGGAAUAUAACACAUUAUGAGGAGCAGCUGGUGGCAAUGUUUGGCUCUAGCAUGGACCUGUUGGAUCCAGGUAAUUAGGCACAGGAUACCUCAAUGCCUUCUAAGUUCAAGACACGGAAAAGCCUCGUAUCAGCAACACAACUCACAAGGAAAAUGGACACUAUGGAACAGUUACUGCUGCUGUCUUCUUGGGCAUUUUAGAAACAAUAAACAAGUCUCAGCACAGAUGGAUUGCUCACUCCCUGCCUCCACUUUGCUGCUGAUACUUCAUUGUUAGACCUAGAUACAGACGAUUCUAACCCUAUGUUCACUUACUUGGUUGAGAAUGGCAUCUGUCCAGCAGUUCAAGUGCCUGAAUCGAAACCCAAAGUGUGCAAGACAUAGAAGCCUCCUUCCUCCUGGUGUUAUUGUUGGGAUAAAUUUUUGGAUCCGAUUCUGUAGUGGGAAGUUGCCUGUUCUGCAGAGGCAACCUGUGGAGUAUGAGUCUUUUACAGGCUUAUUACCUUCAGAACU